AUGACGGAGCGCGGCAAUGAGGCGGAGCCUCUAAUCCGUCAUGGACGGACUGGGGCAGAUUUGAAUAUCCUGGCAGGUCAACGGAACACCAACGAGACAUCCAGGAGUAGUGGUUAUCUCUUCAUACUGACCCUGGCCAUGGGAGGUCUCCAGAUUGUCUACUCAAUCCAGCAUUCCAGUGGAUCGCCAUAUCUGCUGUCUCUAGGGAUGAGCAAAGCAUUGCUCGCAUUUGUCUGGAUCGCGGGGCCCCUUACAGGUACUCUCGUGCAGCCUUACAUUGGCAUCCGAAGUGACAAUUGCCGCAUCUCCUGGGGAAAGAGGAAGCCGUUUAUGGUAUUUGGUGGAGCACUCCUGGCCAUCUGCCUGUUGGCGCUGGCAUGGGUGCGAGAAAUAGUUGGCAGCAUAAUUGGCCUCCUCGGCAUCGAUGCUCAGACAGCUGGAGCUAAAACCGCAGUGAUCAUCGCUGCAACCCUCUUGAUGUACUGUCAAGACUUUUCUAUCAAUACUGUUCAAGCAGCAACCCGGGCGUUCAUCGUUGAUAACGCCCCUGCUCAUCAGCAGGAGACGGCAAAUGCCUGGGCAAGCCGUCAUGUUAGCGCAGGGAACAUUUUAGGCUUUAUAAUCGGCGGUAUGGAUCUGCCAAGGGCCCUUCCCUUUCUCUGGAAUACCCAGUUUAAGGCGAUUAGUGUCAUCGCCAGUGUAUUUCUGGCAAUCACCUUGUCCAUCAGCUGCUCUUAUAUCGAGGAAAAAGAUCCACGCGCGGAGCCAUUGACAUAUGCAGGACUGGGUCUUAUCUCAUUGCUCCAGUCUAUCAAAGCCUCUGUCCACGGUCUCCCCUUGCGUAUACGUAAGGUCUAUAUAAUCCAGGCCGCAGCAUGGUUCGGAUGGUUCUCAUUCUUAUUCUACGCCACCACAUACAUAGGGCAACUAUAUGUGAACCCUAUUUUUGAUAUGCACCGUGAUCUAUCAGACGAUGAGGUCAACAAGGUGUGGGAAGAAGCUACACGCAUCGGUACCUUGGCCCUGCUCGUAAACGCACUUGUGUCUUUCGCAGCAAGUGUUAUUCUGCCGCUACUAGUUGUUCCUUCAGAGAGGCAGAUGGCAGCUCAAGAAAGCACUGGCUCAAGCAGGUCACACUUAAAGCUUCGGAUCCCUGGGUUUACGCUGCGGCGCGCAUGGCUUCUCUCUCAUUUUCUGUUUUCUAUCUGUAUGCUUAGCACCUUCGUUAUAUCGUCUCCCGGACAGGCAUCGGUGAUGACAGGGGCCAUUGGCAUUACCUGGGCCGUCACAGCCUGGGCGCCAUAUGCUCUCAUCUCAUCUGAGAUCGCACAGGAAGACCCUGGGCGGCCAACUCAGAAUUACCGAGGAAGAUUUAGCGAGGCUGAAGGGUCAAGUAUUCUCCCGUACAGCGAAGGGGCUGAUGAAUCGAGGGACGCGGGCAACGAAGGGGCAAACCAAGCUGGAGUCGUUCUUGGGCUGCACAACGUCGCAAUUUCCUUUCCUCAGAUCGUUUCCAGUGCUGUCGGCAGCCUCAUCUUCAAGGCGCUGCAGAAGCCACGAGGGGAGCCUUGGGACACUAGCACGGGCUGGGUGAUGAGACUUGGAGGAUGUGCUGCUGUGCUCGCAGGUUUUCUGACAAUGGGUCUCGAGGAGAAGGCCGGAAGAAAGUAG